GAACAUUUGGGGAGACCCACAGAGGCUGAACUUUGUGUGAGGAACCAUGCCGUGUCUUGUGAGCAGCUUGCCAGUGCGUCGCUACCUCACCUUAUUUACGGGUCUGGUGGAGUGUCUGUGUUUUGCCGGAACCAUAUUCGGAUGGCCUUCCCUUGUUUUUGUCCUGAAGACGAAGGGCUACUUCAGCUCUCACUGCACCAACACCACAGGAGUCAAUUCAACACAGGUCUUAGAUUGCAGUGGACAGGACGAACAGUUCUCUCUUGUUUUCACCAUCGCUGCCUUUCUAUUCAAUUUCCUGAUUCUGCCAAAUGGUUUCCUCUUUGACCAGUUUGGUACUACAGUGGCACGACUCUUUGGAAUAUUUAUUUACACCACGGGGAACUUGAUGGUGGCCUUCUCGACUGAAGCUUUGUCCAGCCUGUUGUUCCCAGGUCUCUCCCUCAUGGCAGCAGGGGGCAACUUAUUUCUGUUGACCAACAUGCAGGUUGGAAAUAUGUUUGGCUCACAUCGCUCCACCGUCAUCACUCUCUACAAUGGGGCUAUUGGCUCUUCAUCGGCAAUCUUAUUUGUCAUCAAGUUGUUAUUCGAGGCUGGCAUCUCUCUCCUUUCCUCUUUCCUCUUCCUGUCCGCCUGCAGCAUCAUUCACCUCCUCAGGACUUUCCUCCUGCUGCCCAGAGAUCACAUUCCCUACCCAAUGCCUGAUGACUACACAUACGGGAUAACCUGUGGUAAAUCAAAGACUCUGAGCCUAGAGCAGUUAACUAGAAAUGCACAGAUGACGACAGAGCAAGUCGAGGACAUCGCUGUGAAACAAGAGAAGAGUUUCCGUGAGUGUUUGAUGUCCAGGUUCUUUGUGUUGCACGUUCUUUGGUUGUCAGUGAUACAGAUCAGACAUUUCUUCUUCAUCGGCACCCUCAACCCCAUGCUGCAGCGGCUGACGGCGGGGGAGCCUUCACUGG